UCCAAACGGCAUUUAGUUAUGUGAUCUCCAAUGAUGAUGACACCGUUUAACUUAUCAAUUUAAGGUUUAUUGAUAGAAUAUUCAUCUUACUAGUUACUACUAAGUACUAACGCCCAACAAAAGUCGUUGGGAGUAUUAUUGAAUUCAUAAUUUGUAUCUAGUUCCACUAGAACCCCACGUCUCUUCCUAAUCAUCAUCAACAUUCUUAAGUACCCUUCAGAUUUGACGUUAUUUACCAUACUACCCUUUCUAACAUUACUCCAUCUCCAUAACCUCUCUCUCACCUUGUAUCCUUUUUCUUCUAACCCUUGACCGUACAACAAUGGCGAGAGGCUCUUCCCAAUCCCAACAAUCAACCUCCACCGGUUCUUCAACCGCCCGGCCCGGUCUGGCCGCUCCUCGUGGUUCCGCCGCCGCUACUGCCGGCAUGCGUCGCCGCAGGCUCGGUGGCGGUGGUGGCGUAUCCUCAGGCGGCGGAUCUGGAGUUGGAUCAGGAUCGAGCAACAUGCUGAGAUUCUACACAGAUGAUGCUCCGGGGUUGAAGAUCUCACCGACGGUUGUUCUGAUCAUGAGUCUCUGUUUCAUCGGCUUCGUCACUGCUCUUCACGUCUUUGGAAAACUCUACCUCCACAAAUCCGGAUCCCAAGCUUAGAUCCGGAUCAGGACCUGGAUCGUUUAAUCGGUGAUCGCUGUUUUUUUUUUUUUUUUUAGUAUGUUUCCUUGUGUUUUGUUUCCCUUUUUUAGUCUUUUCGAUGAGAACCAUGUAAAUCGCUAAGCGUUGAAUAAAAUACGUCACCUUUGAAACAGAGUAGCACAUGUUUGAUCUAUCUUGCCCAAAGUAGUCGUUUACUAAGUUGAUGAUCUCUUCUCUCACACAUGCAGAAUCCCAAAUUGGCCUAGCUACUAGCUAGGAAGCGUCUUGUUAUUUAAAGCAUUCAUCUUUGUGAAGAUUCCAAACUGAUAUAUUUUUCAAGUUGGUGUGAAUCUUCUUCAGCGGAAUGUUAGUAGAGCCAUGUUUGUUGUCUUUGUCAAUUGGAACUUCUUUGGUUCAAGAAACUCGACGGCAUUCAUCACACGGACUGAUCUCAUUGCUGUCGACUCUGAUAGACACAGAUUGAAGUGAAUCCGGUGGAAGAUGAUGGCCCAUUAGAGAUUCGGAUCAUAGUUAUGAUAAGUCCUAAGCCCCAAUACUGAUAGAACGGAAAUAGAAGGCCCAUUAAAGAUCCGGGUCAUAAUAAUUAUGAUCACACCUAAGACCCAACACUUAUAGAAAGGAAAUCGCAGGCCCAUUAGAGAGUCGGUUCACUCCCAACUCCCAAGCCCCAACAUUAUGAUAACUAAAAUCAUGCCAUAAUUCGAUAUCAACCAAUAUUAUGUAACAACAAUAGACCCUAGUAACAAUUGUAAUU